AGCUACCAUCUUUGCUGACCAUCAUCAGCGUCACCAUCACCCAUCAUUACCAAAAAGGCCAUUGAAGAGGGAAGGGGUUCCGUUCUUUCUGAUUUUAAGAGGAACAGCAGCACACACAAAAACAAAGAAAAACAAAGAACAGCCACACAGAAAAAAAAGGGGAUUUGAGAUUGUCAGCCGAUCUCCUCUCCUCUAUUUCCUCAACUUUUUUUUAUUUUCUUCAUUUUCCCUCCGGGUUUCCUUUUUUGGUUCCCGAUUCUCUUUCAAUUUUGAGAUCAAUUUCGACCCCACCGUUCAUCAGCAUCAUCACCGAACAGCCACAGAAGCCUUGCUGGGAGGGAAGAACCGAAAAAACCAGGGGAAGAAAACAAAUCUAGAUUCUGGCGGGUGGCGCUUCUUCUUUUGGGAGAGUACCGGUGCUGGUUUGGGGUGUAAGGUGGGAGUAACACUGAGGGAUCGAAAGGUCGGGGACGAAGGGAUUCUUCUCUGGAGGCGAAUUUGUUGGCCGGUCAACGGGGAGAGGAACAGUGGCUUCAGGUUCGGAAAUUGGUCCUUUAGUUAACUCUCUAGAAAGAUGGGUUAUGGGACCAACGUGGGCUUAUUGGUACGAGGGAAAAGAAUUCGAUUCUAUUUAAUCAAUGUCUUGAGAUUAAAUCUUGUGCAUGAAAAAACAGUCGCUGGAAGAGUUUUCUCCCAUCAAAAGUCUGAUUACUCGAUUUUAGAUUAGUGCAGGCGUAAUAUGAUUUUUGGAUAUCGAAAAGGAUUAAUACCAAAAAAGAAAAAAAAAAAAGAUGGGUAUUCGAAGGGGAUGGUGAAGGAGAUGGACGGAGCAGGUCCCGUGGGAAGGAUCCCUCCCUUCUGAUCCCAGUCUCCUUUUCUUCAGAAAAUUCUGCCUUGGGUGUUUUUCGACUUUGAAGUUUUUGUAAUGUUCUGAUGGCUGCCAUUUAAAUUUGUAUGUAGUUGUUAAAAGAGGAUUGAUAUUCAAUGAUUAAUUAUCUUCUCACCUGCAUUUAGUGGUUGGAUACUGGAAUCUUGAGUUUGAACUGUGUUGUUUUGUUGAAUUUUAGCUUGAAAUUCAUUUUUGCCAGAAUAAAACGCUAAUUUUCCU